ACUUAAUUUUUUAUUUUAAAAAAUGAAAUGCUUGGCGACCACACUUUCUAGUCAUUCAAACUAACACGCAGAAAACGGAGUAGUAGUAUUUCCUCCAUUUUUUUUUCUUUUAUAUUAUUUUCAUUUUUUUUUGGGACUGGUAUUUGUUUCCUAAUAUACCUCUAUUUUCUGAUCUCCAAUAUAUUUUUAAUCUCUUCUACACGACUUAAUCCAAUCGGGGUGAAGUGUUUGUCUUUCAGAAGAACUCUUCAAUCUCUCAAUUGUUAGUUUGAUUGUUUAUUUCAGAAUUUUCAGGAAUAUACACUUUGACACAUACAAGGAAAAAAACAAACAAAAAAACCUAGACUGAAUUUUUUUUUAUUUUUUUUUAUAUAUUGAUGGUAUUUUGAUUAUAUUCUUUAUUGGGUUUUCAUCCAAUUUUUUUGGGGUAAUUGACUGUUCUUUGGUUGCGAAUUGUUAGUAAUUUUGUCGGAUUUUUGGACUAUGCUCUUGUGAAUGUUGUUCUAUAAUUGUGUUGAAAUCUAGGGUUUGACUAUUUCGUUGUUAUCUGUAGUGGGUCGGACUGUUUUUAACCGAAGAUUCAUAAGUUUCUGGUUUCUUGAUUGAAAUUUCUAUGAAUUGACAUGAAGGGUUUUCGUGUUGUCUUUUAGUUAUGGAAGCGUUUUAGAGGAUUUUUGUUGAUGGUCUUUGAUAGGAUGAAGCGGAGUUUAUAGGUUUCUGAUUGAAGGGCAGACAUUGUUAUGGCUGAAUAAACUCUAAAGAAUGAGUAAUCCAUAGUUGUAGUGAAUAGAACUGUUUUCCUUUUGAAUCAUAGGUUUUUAAUCCGACCCCUAUAGACUGGUGUUGUUUCUAGAGCCAAAAUCAGACAAUUGAAACUAACAAAUCUCGGGCGGUUUAGCGUGAUUGGUUAUAGGAUGAUGGUUUUGUUUCUAAAGCCAAUUUUGUGAGCGAUAGCUUAAUGCAACUUGGUGAGGUUUUUGUGCCUUUUAGUAUAGUUUUUUCGGGAGAGGAAUUGGUUUGCGUGGAGGCAUGGUAUUAAAUUAGGUCGACACGCGUAGGUUGAUAUUAGGAGUUACAUUGAAGAAAAGUGUGGGUUUCCCCCCCUUUUAUUCUUGUUUGGAUUGUGUUCAUUAUUAGUGUUAUGGAGAAAAGUAGUGAGCCUACAUUAGCCCCGCAAUGGUUAACGAGCACUAGACAUGUGACAAGCUUCGUUUCUGCAUCAUCCCCGUUGCGUCCAGAUGAUCCUGCCCCUUUGAAACUUGCAAAUAGUAGAUUGCUGUCAAUGAAUAUGAACAAUAAAGAGUUGAGGAAUACUGCUGCAUCAGACCGAGCCGUCCAAUCACGUGCCCGAUGGAGCUCCAACAGUAGUACCUCCCCUAACUUUCGAUCGUACAAUAGUUUUAGAAGUCAUCGUUAUAGGGACAUGGAUAAAGACAUUAACAAGUACCGUGAGGCAUCAACUUUAAGAAAUCCUAGGUCAAGGGACCUUCCUGAUACUUCGAGCAAACAUUGCUGGGAAACGUUCAAGGAGGAGGGUUUAGGACGGUCACAGUCGAUGAUUUCUGGUAGAAUUAGUGAGAAAUGGCCUACGAAUUUGAGCAAUGCUGGUAAGAUCAAACUAACUGAAAACAAAGGCCUGCUUUCAGUUAGUGGUGUGGAUAAAGCAAUUGACCGUGGCAUCCGACCCCUAGUAACUGAACAACGACAAGCAUCACCUAGGUUGGAGAGAGUUGAAUCUCCUGGUUUGGGUACCAUGACCCGGACUUUACCAACAGGUGCAUUACGUACUACUGACAAUAAGUCGGCAUCUGCUCUAGCAGACAUUGCGGCAGUGGCUGGCAACAGUAACUCUGGUCCAUCUUCCAUGAAACAAGGUGCUUCUUCUGGACCUUCUUCUCCGAUCUCUAGCAAGUCAAUUGGCAGGGUACUUAGUAUGGCUGAAACUGUCGCUAAGGGUCCUUCUCGUGUUCAGACUACUUCCCAGUUGUCCAAUGCAAAUCAACGGCUUGAAGAGCUUGCUGUGAAGCAAUCUAGGCAAUUGAUACCGUUGAAAUCAUUGGUGACUAAGGCCUCGGUGUCAAAUCCUUCUGAUAAACCAAGAACCAAGGUUGAGUUGCUGCAGCAAACUGUCUCAUCGUCUCCUCCAGUUAGUCCCAGUCUCUCAAGCAAGCUUCACGUUUUUAAGCCAACAAGAGAGAGGCAUGGUGUUUCUUCUGGUAUGAACGGUAGCUUGAGCCCAAAUACACACAGCAAAGGGUCAAAUGUCCUCCUGACCAUUCCUCCUGCAGAUAUUGCUGCUUCCUCUGCCUCUGGACACAAACCUGUUGGGACAAUGGUGGAAAAGAAACUAUCAUCCCAAGCUCGGGGUCGGAAUGAUUUCUUCAAUCUUAUGAGAAAGAAAUCUAUUGGAAGCAGUUCAGCUGUCAGUGUUGAAGGCUCUGUUAUAUCACCAUCAUCUUCAUAUAACUCUGGUGUUUCAGAAGUUUUGAAUGCACAUGGUAUCCCUCAGGAUCAAGACUUCUCACUAUCUGAUGACAGCCCAAGGGCUGAGCAAUCAACUGAGAUCUUGGGGGAAAAUACAUGCGACAGUGAAUCUUCUGAUGGAAAGAAUAGUACCGACAAGAGCUCUCCAAAGUCUGAAGCAAUCUUGCGUUCAGAAGAGGAGGAAGAGGCUGCAUUUAUGCGGUCUCUGGGCUGGGAGGAAAAUUCUGAUGAGGGUGGUCUUACAGAGGAGGAGAUCAGUGCCUUCUACAAAGAUGUUGCAAAGUACAUCAAUUCGAAGCUGUCGUAUAAGGUCAUGCAAGGAGUACAAUCUCUGUUGUCUCUCCACUCUGGAAUUGGAGAUGUUGGUGUCAUUUCUUCUUGAUACAGCUCUACCCGAAUUCUAUACCAAAAUGGUUGUUGAAUUUUGUCAGUGCUCUAUUAGAAGUAUGAACAUUUCUGAUCAUUAUCUUUUGCUAGUUCAAUAGAUUUUGUGGGAAACAAUGAGAAUAGAGAUGGUUAGGCAAGUGCUUUCCCAGUCCUGUGGAUGGGCUCUGAUUGGUUUUGGCAUCUUUAUACUUGAUACAUUCUACUGGUACUAUAGAUUGUGCCUUUGAUAGGAGGGUUGGCAAAGAUUUUUAUUGAUCUUUAAGCAGGAAGUUUAUACAAA